UACACUUUGUCAACCAAAAGAUAAAUUAUGUACUUAUGUACUUGGUGUGGAUGAGGUGGUUUAAGGAGAGGUGGUUCACUCCAAAGUUAUAUUACUCAAACACUAGCAUAAAAUGAAUCUCAACAACUUGAAUUGUUUUUUUGGAUCAGGAUCAACUUGUAUGAACCCUAAUUCUCGAACUCAAGUACUUUGAUUUCAUUUUUUCGAGAUUGAUCUUGAAGGUUUAAUGAAUUGGUUUUGGUAAUACUCCAUUUUGAGUUGCCAGAUAUAAAGGUUGAUUCUUAGAAAGCAUUAAUAUAUAUUUGUUUUUUACGCCGAACUAUCGUGUAUAAGUGCAGCCUUUCGUUAGAUGUAGAGUUAUUCUCCCUAUCUGCUAGGAUCCUUGCAAACUUACUGUUUUUUAUUCUAUAAGUUUCACUUUAAUGACAUUUUUUUUUUUACAGAAAUUGCAAUGCUAAAAGACUGUUUUUAUUUGAGACUUACACUAAUUCGGGUGUUUUCAACCCAUUGUUCAAAAUACAAUAAAUAACAAAUGGCUCUAUCAUGAACAUCGAAAAUAUAUUCACCAAUAAGAAAAGAGUGUCUUAAACAAAAAAAGAUGAUCCACCACAAAAUUAGUUUAUCUAAGUAAACAUCCCCCAUAUCCAAUUUGUCCAUCAAACAGAAUGUACUUGGUAUUUUUCACAAUCUAUACAUACUACAUAGUGACUAGUGUAGAUUUCUAAACAUGACAAUUUCUAUGUGAUACUUGGUAAUGGUUAAAUCUAUGCUACGAAACAACUUUCCUUGCUCCUAACAAAUAAUCUUUACUUUUGUUAUGGUUAAAUCUAUACUAUGAAGGUUUACAUGAUCCUUUUGUUAUGGAGUGUUUGGCUUUACGAGAUGCUCUAGAAUGGUGUUUGACUCAUGGUUUUGUGUUUGUUAAAUUUCAUGGGGAUUCACAACAACUGAUACGUCGGAUGGUGGGAGAGGAUUUUGCUCAUGAUCGAAGUGGUGCUGUGCUUGAAGAUGCCCGGGUCUUAGCUGCUCAAUUCAGUUGGCUUUCCUUCUGUUUCGUUUCUCGUAGACUUAAUAGGGCUGCCCAUCUUGUGGCACAUAAAGCCCUUUCAUCGGGAGCUCGACUAUUGGUCGACUCCCGCGAUUUACUUGACUCCUCUAUUUGACUAUCUUGUUACCCCUACUUUUGAGAAGAAAAAAAAAACAAAUAACAAUUGUAUUGAACAUUUAAUAAAUUCAUUAAUUAAAAUGGAUGCCCAAAAAUAAUUAAUAUUCCCCGACCAACCCAACCCUCCCUUUAUAUAUAAACUCCAAAAAAACAAUCCAACAAGCAACCCAAAAUUUUUUCUUUUCCCCCAUCCUUCUCUUUCCCACUACUCCCAUAUUAAUAUCCCCACAUAAUCAAAAACCACAUAUAGGUAACAAAUAGAAUACACUAAAAAAACAAAAGACAAAGAGAGAGAAGGCCCAAAACUAUAGCCAAUAUGAACAAAUAUAAAGCUCAUGAUGAAGAAGGAGGAGGAGAAGAAGAAGAAGAAGAAGAGAAAGAGAAACUCCUACUACUACAACAACAACAAUCCAAGCCACCAAAACCAUCUCCUCAUCACAAGAAGAAAACAACAAGGCUACUAAAUCUCUCUUCCUUCUUCUCCUCCUCCCUCUUCCCUUCUUCCUCCUCUCCAAAACCCAAGAUGGACUCUUCUUCUCCCUUCUACGACGCCGUUUUCCCGACCACCACCAACGCCGUCGCUAAAUCCCGCCGCACACCUUCCUUCUCCUCAUCCUCUUCCUCCUCCUCCUCCACCACCUUUAACGACGACUCCCCUUCUUUCCCCACCACCCCUCUCCACCACUCCUCCGGCCGGAUCCCCUUCUCAUGGGAAAAAAUCCCCGGCAUCCCCAAGAAACCCGACUCCCCGUCGCUAAAGGUCAGAAUUAGCGACGAUUCGGUACCCAAUCCGUCGCAAAAGGUCCUACCGCUGCCACCGCCGAUCACCCCGACGGCCGCCUCCCGGAGGUUGGAUUUCGAUUCGCCGAGCAGGAUCAGGCGGGCCUCCUCGUCUUCGUCUCGAUUCGUCGUGGCGAGCGAUCCGUUCUUCGCGGCGUUGGUGGAGUGCUCCAAAGGCGACGGGGGAUUUAGCGACGACCAGGAGUUUCUGAGUGGUGGUGGUGGUGGGGAAAAGGUGGGGAGGAGCAUUAGCGACCGGUUCGGUUUCGUCGGGAUGUACGCUUCGUGUAAGCGGACGUGCGCCGUGUCGGAGUCCAUUGUCUACCUCCCGAGGUCGUCGCCGGCGAGGGCGUCGUACGAUCUGCUCAGUCGCCGGCGGUGAGUUGGGAUAUAUAUAUAGUAGUACUCUCUACUCUGUAGUCUGUAUGUCCCCGUUGGUCCGACGUCGUUUCUCUCGUUGUCGUGGUGUAAAAGAUUUGGCAACGACUUUUUUUUUAUCUUUUUAUAUUUGUGAGUUUUUUUUUUUGUUUUAAUUUGGUGUAAUGUUGUCAUGUGGGAGAGGUGGAAGGGACAUGAAGCAUAUGAGAAACCUGUCACUCCCCACAUUUUCUAAGAAAAGGACUCAAAGGCUAAUAUAAUUAAUGUUAAUAUAUAAUUGUGUUUUAAUUAGAUGUAUAAAUUAGUACUAAUUUCCAAAAUAGACUUUUCAUUAUUGUAUAAUAAUGCUGUGAUGAUGAGAUAUCUGUAUGUUGAAUGGAGUGAAGUGAUGGGUACUGAUCAUGUGUUUUUUUUAAGCUUCUACAUGUCAAAAAAUUUGCUAGCUACUUGCAUUUUCUUCCUUUCUGUAAAAGUCUAGCAUUGGCAAAAAAAUGCUCUUAUGACUUGAGGAAUCCAUUCCACAAGCAUAACUUGAGCGAUUGUUGUCGUUAGAUGAAUUCUGAAACAACGUAUUCGACACAGUCUUGUCGCUAAGGAUCGAAUAUGGGUUAUUGGGAGGCUGACAUUAGGACUUGAGCGUCCAAACAAGCAGGGCUAAGACACUCCUCCGAUCCCUACCGAAAACAUUACUAUGACUCUCUGGAUCCACCACUGAUUGGAAUUGUAAGAAAUAAUUAUACAAGUCUAAGAUUUGGCUUAAUGGGAUAUGCUAUAAAAAUAUUUAUGGCUCACUAAGAAUAAACUUAUAAUCACGAUUAAAAUGUAUAGAAUUACAUGCUAAUUCUCGAAAUAAAUAAACCGAAAAGAUAAUUUUGUAAUUUUUCCAUAACUUGAGUGGUUCAUAAUAACGAGUUGGAGUCCUAUUGAGAUUGAGAUAGAAUAUUGAGAUUCCACUUUUCAUUUGUUGAGUAGGUUUGGUAAUUAAUCACCAUUUAUAACUUGGGUUGUCUCGAAUUCUAAUGUAAAUUUUUUUCAAAUAUUUAAUAUAUUUUUAUAACUAAUAACUAUUAAUAAAUCAUAAUUUAACAUUCCAACUUUCAGUCUCCUCGUCAUGAUGCUAAGCUAAGCUCACCCUGUAGCUAGACAAUUGGCUAACUACAUUAAAUCAAAUAAUCAAUACAGUAGUCAUACGUUGGCAUGCCUAAUCAUCAUGAAAACAAAUUUAUUUUAUAGUAAUUAAGUACUACUGUGAGUUGGGAUUAAUGAUAAGAGUUGUAUAACAUUCAAUUAUUCCUAGUUAGUCUUUGCUUCAAAACUCUCAGUAAUUAUGAUCAACCGAUUCUCGACACAAUGACAUAAGAGCAUUUGACUCUAUUUAAACGAUUCGACGUGGAGUCGGAGAAUUCGGAUAUUAGUGAACCAAAACACAAAGGAAAAUGAGGAUCAAACUCUUAUUGAAAAGGACGUUUAGUUCAUGUGGAUUAAUUUGUCCCGGCCCUUUCAAAUUCAAUGUCAACCCAUUUUUCCUCCGUAUUUAAGGUAAAUCAUGGCGUAGAAACCAAAUCAUAUUACAUUGAAUCUAACUCGAUUCAAUCCGUAGAUCGAUAGAGUACAGUUCUAGUAUGGACAAGGAAUUGACUUACAACUUGUCUUCAACCUAUAUGUUACCUGUUCGAAUCCCCUAAUUAGCACCGUAACAAUCAAAACAAACUUAAGUCACUCUUAAAACUAAAAAAUAUUAAUUUCCAUGGACAAAUUCAUUGCCACACAUAUGUAAGAUAAUGAUAUAAAAUUAAUAAUCGAUCGUACACCAAAUAUUUGAAUUAUUGUGACGGACUGUUUUCUCGACGAGGUAACAGAUUAUGAAACAUAUGUGAGAUCGAUGAAGAGUCGAGGAACAGAAACAAAGACAAGUAACCGAUGUUUUGAGCUGUAUUACACGUGAUAAUUAGUGGGGAUAAUGUGCUGCUUAAUACAAUGGGAAUCUCAAA